AUGGGACAAGGAGCAUGGAGGGACUUGGCACAUGGACGCAGCUCAACUGGAUACGCAAAGGAAGAAGGAGAAGCCAUCUUGAAGACCAGCUCGACCCCUACUCGACCAACCGGUCGAGUUCCUCAACUCGACCGGCCAAGCUUCAACUCGAUCGAGCUGAGAAGUCAACAGUCAAACCCGAAAAAUGCGAUUCUCCACAUGGAAGUGAUGGAAAUCGCUGGAAAAGAUCCACUAAGAGCUCCAAUAUCUCUUGCUCUAGAAAUAGAGGAGUUUGACAUAGAGGUUGUAGACAAGAAGGGAGUGGAGAAUGGAGUUGCUGAUCACCUGUCUAGGAUGCGAGUCGAAGACAUAGUCCCCAUCAAUGACUCUAUGCCUGAAGAACAGCUUAUGGCAAUCAUGGUUUUGAAAGAAGGUUUAGAUGAAAAGAUCAGGCUCGAAGAAGUCAAGGCUCUGCGAGAUGAGAACCUGCUUUGGUAUGCUGAUAUAGUAAACUUCAUGGUAGCUGGGGAGGUUCCAAAUGAUUUUGAUGCUUACAAGAGGAAGAAGUUCUUCAAGGAUGUCAGGCACUACUAUUGGGAUGAGCCUUACUUGUUCAAAAGAGGACCAUAUAGCAUUUACAGAAGAUGCAUAGCUGAAGAAGAUGUACAAGGAGUUCUAGAGCAUUGCCAUGGUCUACUUAUGGAGGACGCAGCAAGCUUCAUUGCCAAGUGUGAUCCAUGCCAAAGGAAAGGAGGGAUCACCAAGAGAGAUGAAAUGCCACUAAACCCAAUUCUUGAGGUUGAGAUUUUUGAUGUAUGGGGAAUAGACUUCAUGGGACCUUUCAAGCCUGCCUCAAAUGGGCACAACUACAUUUUGGUGGCUGUGGACUAUGUGUCCAAAUGGAUAAAAGUCAUUGCUUGCUCAGCUUGUGAUGCCAAAGUCGUCAUCAAACUUUUCAGAACUAUUAUCUUCCCAAGAUAUGGCAUUCCAAGAGUUGUUAUCUCAGAUGGAGGUUCCCAUUUCAUCAACAAGGUGUUUGAAAAGUUGAUGAAGAAUUAUGGAGUCAAGCACAAGGUUGCCACGCCCUACCAUCCUCAAACUAGUGGGCAACUUGAAGUUUCCAACAGACAUAUUAAGGCUAUACUGGAAAAGACUGUGAGCUUCACUAGAAAGGAUUGGUCAACAAGGCUUGAUGAAGCACUUUGGGCCUAUAGAACAGCCUAA